AUCACGCAUGCGCAGUUUUCUCACUUCGGAGAAGCCGGUGGAUGAAUCGAGCGCACCUGUAUACAUGCUGAAGUCACGGCUGGCUGGAUUCUCGCGCCAGAUUCAUUUUUAAAACUUCAUCGCGUGCUGUAAAGGUGAGAGAUGCCACCAAGCAAAAGAGCCAAAGUGAGGACAGAAACUACAAGUUCAGAUGACAGCAGUGAUGAGGGAAAUGCCUUCACCCUCAACAAGAAGAAGAAAGUUGCAGCUCCUGCUGGGAAAAGAGUAAAAAGCUCCUCUGACCCUCCAACUUACAGCCACUGGUUGAUGAAGUCUGAGCCUGAGAGUCGCUUUGAGAACGGCAUCGAUAUGAAGUUUGGCAUUGAGGACCUCAAGGCUCAACCCAAUCAGACCGCCUGCUGGGACGGCGUCCGCAACUAUCAGGCUCGCAAUUUCAUGAGGCAGAUGAAAGGGGGCCAGCGGGCUUUCUUUUACCACAGUAACUGCAAAGACCCGGGGGUGGCGGGGCUCAUGAAGAUAGUGAAGGAGGCGUAUGUGGACCACACUCAGUUUGACAGGAAAGAUCCCCACUAUGAUGCAGCCAGCAAGCCAAGCAAUCCCAAGUGGAGCAUGGUGGACGUUCAAUAUCAAAGGAUGCUGCUGCGUUUUCUCCCGCUGUCCGAGCUGAAGAAGUACCACCUGCAGCAUCGGGACAGCGGAGGACCGCUGAAGAGCUUGGCCCUUUUUACCAAACCGAGGCUGUCGGUUCAACCCCUCACCGCUGAAGAGUUUGACUUCAUCUUGAGCCUGGAGGACAAAAAGCCGCUGUGAUCCACCCAUCCUGUGAACUUUUUUACUCAUCGAAAAUCUGUAUUUCAGUAUUAAUAAAGGUUUUUUAUGUAUGAA